AUGCAACACUACGAUUGCGGUAUAUGCAUGACCGCGGUGGACCUUUGGCUGGCGAGCGCAACCGCGGCCGAGCUCGCGGCGGACGACCUCAAGUGCGCCAUGAUCGUGAUCGACGCCUACUUCCAGGCGUGCUUGGCCAAGAGGAGGCCGACCGGCGAGUGCGAGAAGGGUGCCAUCGUAAAGCGCCUCAGGGUCGACCUCAAGGACCGGUCGCUGAUUGAAAAAGUUGGCACCAAGAGAAGUCUACGCAGCCCAGCGACCAUAUUCAGAUUCCUGAGUGCCGCGGAGAGCAUGGGCGUGGAGGCGAACCUGGAGCCACGGUAUUACCGGACGCCGUGGCCAGCCGACUAUUUCACGAACAUCACGAAGGCCGCACACGUGUUGCGCGCCAAUUUGAAGGAGUUCGAGAACGUUGUGAGGGGUCCUUACCCGCACUACUCCGACGUCUUCGCGUGUUGCCGCGAAAUGCAGCCUUUCAAGAGCAUACACGCCGAUAUCCUCCACACGAUGGAUGAGAUGCUGACCAUGGUUGACACGAUCCUCAAGAACGAAACUGGUAAGUCCCAGCACAACGUCGUGAAACGACUACAUAAGCUCGAGAAGGUCGACAAGAUCGAGGACAUGAUGGCGCUCUUUGAGGCGCUCAACGAGAGCGACUCCCCAGACUUGCAGUAUCCCGAAACGGCUCCGCCGACGUUGGAGGAGGAUUUGCUUUGUCGAUUGAACGUGGUUUUCAUGAUCAUGGAGUCGACGAUCGAGAAGGUGGCAGAGAUAUUGAAGGAGUGCAUCAAGGAGCUCGUCUGA